GAUCACACUUAGCAUACAAAUCAUAACAACAAAAUUUCAUUUUAGUUUCAAAGUUUGAGCUAAAAGGAAAAAAUGAAGGCAGUAUCAAUUGAAACCGGAGAGGGAUCAAAGGCCAAAAGAGUUCAUGGAGUGAACAGAGGAAUCUCUGUAUUUGAUCUCGUUUUACGUAUCGUUGCACUUGUUGGAACCUUAGCAAGUGCUGUGGCAAUGGGUACUGCAGAUCAAGCACUUCCAUUCAGUACACAGAUUGUAAAUUUUGAAGCUCAAUAUGAUGAUAUCGACUCGUUUAAGUUCUUUGUGGUUUCGAAUUCUAUAGUUUGUGUAUAUCUUGCACUUUCUAUCACUAUUUCAAUCUUUCACAUUAUCAGAAGUAGAGCAGGAAAGAGCAGAGUUAUGCUCAUUGUUCUAGACGCGAUAAUGCUGGUUUUCCUCACAUCUGGAGCAUCAGCAGCAGCCGCGAUUGUGUAUUUGGCACACAAUGGCAACACUUCAACUAACUGGUUUUCGAUAUGCCAACAGUAUACAGAUUUCUGUCAACGUUCUGCUGGAUCCCUUAUCGGUUCUUUUGGUGCAAUGGCCUUGAUGGUUAUACUUAUAAUUUUGUCAUCUAUCGCGUUAUCAAGGCGCUGA